UACCGUAACAUUUAAUAAAUAAACACAAACUGGUGUCAGAAUAAUUUGAAAAACUGGUUUGUGUUAUUUUUCAGAUGGUGCAGCGACUGACUUUCCGUAGGAGACUGUCGUACAAUACGAACAGUAAUCGCAGGAAGGUAUCAAAAACACCUGGUGGGAAACUUGUCUACUUGUACAAGAAGAAGUUGGGCAGUAUACCAAAAUGUGGAGACUGUAAGGCUGUUAAAUUACAUGGUAUCACUCCAGCAAGACCUAAAGAACUUAUGUCCAUGUCAAAGAGACUGAAGACUGUAUCAAGAACAUACGGAGGUUCAAGAUGCCACAAAUGUGUCCGAGACAGAAUCAUCAGAGCUUUUCUCAUUGAAGAACAGAAAAUUGUGGUUCGUGUACUCAAAGCACAGGAAGCCAGCAAGAAGUCAUGAUCAUUUUAAUUGUAGACAUGGUGUAAAUAAAGAGAAAAACUUCA